AUGGAUAACCUAGCUCAAUAAUAAAAUUAAAUCGAAAAACAUCUUGGUCGAUAAAACAGCAUUUUAUCUUAGGGUAAAAUCUUUGAUGAGAAGGCCUCUAAUUUCCUUGAAAAAGACACUCCGUAUUUUAAUCACAAACUAAAAGAAAAACAGAUUAAUUAGGCAAAUGAUACCACUAUGCAACAGGAGAAUUCAAAUUAACCUUCAUUAUCAUCUUAUUAGAUGUAGUAAUAAUCACAGUAGAUAGUAAAGUCGUAGAAGGAUUAGAAAGAGGCUCUGUAAUAAAUAUAAGAUUAUAGAAGGCCAUCACGAGUUGGCUCCAAGUGUAACUUUGCUUACUACUAACUCAAUAAAUUGGCUGCAGUACCAAGUAAUCAGAUAGGCAAUAUAUCCAAUAUUAAUGUGUCACAGUCAUAAAUCAACUCAAUGAGCUAUAUUUGUCUGAAUUAAAACCAGUCUACUUGA